AUGCCGUCCUCUUUGGCUUCUAGUGAACGCUCUGGCUCCGUCAAGUCGCAGCACAGUCCGAAAACCUCCUUGCAAAGCAAGGCCGACCCAAACAUGGCUCUUUACGAGCAGGAACCCACUGCUGUCAAUCUUCAACCUGGGUCUCGAGACAUCUUUUCUCUUCGGAGCAUGCAACAUAAGGACCGAGAGGGCAGACUCAUCACUGAUCCCGACCAAUCCAACCCAACACGCAGCCGCUUGGAACGCCCAUUAGACACCAUUAGGUCCUUUGAUGCUGCCAUUGACGCUCACCGGAAACAACAACGAAUGUGA